AUGAACCCAGACCGCAGUUGGAUGUAUACGAGACAUGACAGAGGCUUCCUGCUGCCUGAUUUUUUCCCUAAUCUUGAAGAGUUCGUGAAUUUUGCUGUACAACAUCCCGAGUGUAUGAGUGGGGAAGAGAUAAAAUGCCCAUGUUCUAGGACAAAAUGUAGAAAUACAAAUUUUCGAGAUGUCGAAGUUGUGAAACUACAUGUCUUGCAGUCUGGGUUUGUUCCAGAUUACUAUGUCUGGAUUCACCACGGUGAGGUGAAUGUCCCUCCUGUAGUUCAGCAGCCGGCUAAUGAAUACGAUUACUAUAAUGCGGGAGGGGGAGAUUUAAACUAUGGCCAGAGAAUGGUUAUUGAUGCUGCUGGUCCCGAAGUUUUUGAGGAAGAGACCCCGAAUGACGAAGCUCGGAAGUUUUUUGAUAUGAUGAGUGCGGCAGAAGAAGAAAUAUGGCCCGGAAAUAGCAAACACUCACCCCUGUCCGCAUCUGUUGAAAUUUUGGAUAUUAAGUGUCGACAUCAGGGGUCGAUAUCUUUGAUUGAUGACACCUGCCGUUUAAUACAAGAACUGCUUCCAGAGAACAACAAAAUGCCGAAAAAUUUUGCUAAUAUCAAGAAGCUGGUGAAAGGUCUCGGGUUGCCGGUCGAGGUUAUUGAUUGCUGUUUCCACAACUGUAUGAUUUACUGGGGGGCAGACGAGGAUUUAACCCACUGUAAAGUUUGCACAUUUCCUCGGUGGAAACCUGUAACGAAAAGCAAUUCGGCCAAAAGAAGGGCUAACGUUCCGUACAAAAAAAUGUUUUAUUUCCCUUUAACUCCGAGGCUGCAAAGAUUGUACGCUUCCAAAGCCACAGCUAAACAUAUGACAUGGCACGCUGAACAUGAAAUGGAAGACGAGAAGAUGUGUCAUCCUUCUGACUCUCCGGCUUGGAAACGGUUCAGUGAGUUGCAUACAGAUUUUGCUGACGAAACAAGAAAUAUCAGGCUAGGCUUAUGUACUGACGGGUUUCAACCAUUUGGUAGUUUUGGGAAAAAUUAUUCUUCCUGGCCAGUUAUUGUGACGCCGUAUAAUCUGCCUCCUGGCAUGUGCAUGAAGGAUGAGUUUAUGUUUCUAACAAUACUUGUCCCGGGACCCGGUAAUCCAAAAAACCAUAUGGAUAUUUUCCUGCAGCCAUUAAUAGCGGAGUUGAAUCAGUUGUGGGAAUCUGGAAUCCGGACAUAUGACAUUCAAAAACGGCAGAAUUUUCAAAUGAGGGCGGCGCUUAUGUGGACAAUUAAUGACUUUCCCGCUUAUUCAAUGUUGUCCGGUUGGAGCACAUCAGGAAGAUUGGCAUGUCCGCAUUGUAUGGAAAAUACUGAGGCUUUCACGUUGCCCGAGAGUGGAAAACAAUCGUGGUUUGAUUGCCACAGAAAGUUUUUACCUACAGGUCACCAUUUCCGUCGGAAUGUUACCGAAUUCCGAAAAGGCAAACAAGUUAGACAUCAAUUUGGAGGUGUGAGGACUGGAGAUGAAGUGUUAGCAGAGGUGGACGGUUUGGGGUUUAAGAGGGCCUAUGAGAAUGAUGCUAAGGCUACGAAUGAUGAACUAUCUAAAGGCCGUGGCUGGAACCGAAAAAGUAUAUUUUGGGAUUUACCGUAUUGGAGGACAAAUGUGAUCCGGCAUAAUCUCGAUGUCAUGCAUAUUGAGAAAAAUGUAUUUGACAACGUUUUCAAUACCGUGCUCAAUGUACCUGGUAAGACGAAAGAUACGGCAAAAUCUCGGGCAGAGUUGAAUAAAAUUUGUGAUCGUCCUGGCCUGGCACAAGAUGAGGAAACUGGUAGAUAUCCAAAGGCUUUGUAUGCUUUGGACAGAGAUUUAAAAAAGAUUUUGUUAGAAUGGAUUCAAAAGUUAAAGUUUCCAGAUGGUUACGUGUCCAACUUGUCUAGGUGCGUUGAUUUAAACAGUUUAAAGAUGAUGGGCAUGAAAAGUCAUGAUUGUCAUGUCUUCAUGCAACGACUUUUGCCAAUUGCUCUUCGGGAGCUUCUUCCGGCAGAAGUGUGGGAGCCUUUAACAGAGUUGAGUAUAUUCUUCAGAGAGUUAACCGCCACAUCGCUGAAAAAGGCAGAUCUUCAGAGAUUAGAGCUUGAUAUCCCGAAGAUACUGUGCAAGUUGGAACGUAUAUUUCCGCCGAGUUUUUUUGAUUCGAUGGAACAUCUCCCCGUACACCUUCCAUACGAAGCUAUGAUGGCAGGACCUGUUCAGUAUCGUUGGAUGUAUCCGUUUGAAAGAUACCUGAGAAAACUCAAAAAUAAGGUUUCGAAUAAAGGCAGAGUGGAAGGAAGCAUUAGCAGCGGAUAUCUACUGGAGGAAACAGCAAAAUUUGCAUCUUUUUAUUUCAAGGAUGGUGAUCCGAUGGUACCAUGUCGGAUGCAAAGAAAUGAAGUUUGCGAAAUGGACGUUGAUGAUGAUUUCGACAGAUUAAAUAUUUUCAAACCAAAAGGGCGACCUGUAGGUGCUUGUCGGAACAGAUAUCUGGAUGAUGCUGAAUAUGUUGCUGCCCGAAGCUACAUCCUUUUGAAUUGCCCUGAAAUCGAACCUUACAGAGAAGUUUUUGAAGGUGAGUUGUAUGAAUUCAACCCCGAAAUUACACAGACCGAAGUUGUAGUCAAAUUGGAGAGGGAAUUCGCCUUUUGGUUCGAGCAAUAUGUGAAAGACCCAACUGUCAGUACCAAUCCCUAUAUUCUAAGUCUUGCAAAGGGACCGCUUAGAUCGGUCAAAACAUUCAAGGGGUACUGUGUGAACGGGUUUAAAUUCAAUACUGAAGAAUAUGGGGAGGAUCGGGUCACAAUGAAUAGCGGAGUCUGUGUAAAAGGAUCACUCUACGGUCCAGCUGAAAGCGACUUUUAUGGAGUGUUGACUGACAUUAUUGAGUUAGAGUAUCCAGCUCUACCAAUAAAGAGGACGGUUUUAUUUAAAUGUAAUUGGUUUGAUCCUACAAAAACGGUUGGUAUGUUAGUCCAUCCUCGGUAUAACAUAGUGGAUGUUAAUCACAGAAGGAGAUACAACAAAUAUGAACCUUUCAUUUUAGCUGAACAGUCCGACCAAGUACAUUACUUACCUUAUCCUAGCAAAAAGCGGGACAAGAAAGAUUGGUGGGCAGUAUGCAAGAUAAAAGCUCGCUCUGAGCUAGACAUGCCUGAAACAACUGUUCCAGCUUUCCAAGAUGAUAGUGCAGAACAUCCGCUCGAUGUCAUAACGAAUGACGACCCGACGAAUUUAGUUGAUCCGAAUGGCGAGGCGGACGAGGCUGCACUACACAACCCUCCAAUAGUAGAUACGGAAGAUGAUUAUCCACCAUCCUCAUCAGACAAUGAUGACAUUGGAGCGGAAGAUGAUAUAGAAAUUGCAUGA